AGUAGCAAUGGUGAAAACAGUUAACGCCGUGAAAUUUGUCCCUCUUCUCUUUCCUUACAUUAGCUAGUUAGCUAGUAGUCAGUGUUUUGGUUAAAUGCAUGCAAAAGUGGUCCCUCCAGAGAAAAGCUCAAGUGAUUGUAUCUUCAUAUAUUUCAGACAGUUCGUGUGAGCUCUUCUACAAGAACAUUAGCAGGAAGCACGCAAGUGUGAGACCAUGGUGGUGAAUCUCUGCCUGCCACAUUUCAAGACCACCAUCCAGUGUGACAAGCUGUGUGCAGAUGGGUAUGACGUCACCAACCUCCUAUCGGCCGACCCAGCAGUCCGGAGGCGGGGUUUUAAGCUGGAGUACUUCCUUCGGCCACCCGUUCAGGUGACACUGCAGUUUGGUUUCCAGGUGGAAGUGUGUCGGGUGGAUGUGGAGCUGUGGCCCUGGGGGAUGGACCGUGGACAAGCCUGCAAGAGGCUGGAGAUCAGCACCAGCUCUGAUCCCCCACUCCCUCACAGUCACAGCCUAGAGCAGGGCCAAAGUCAGGUCCAACAAGGCCAAGAGAAGGGCCAGCAAUGGGACCAAGCCAAGGCCCAAUUCAAAGGCCACCAAUGGGGCCUCCAGGCCCAACAAUGGAGCCUACAAGGCCAGGAGAAGAGCCAGCAAUGGGCCCAACGUGGCCAAACUCAGAGUCACACAGACACCAGCCAGGGGGAUUUCCGCCUAGUGGGACGCUGUGAACUAAGAGAAGAGACCCAUGUCAGUUUCUCCCAUCCGUGUUUCCGCCCGCGCCCUCCCUUCCCCUCCCUGCCACCGCCCCCCCGAGAGGGGUGUAGACAAGAGGAGCUGUGGAGUAGGGGGCCGCUCUCACUAGGCUCUGUGAAGCAACUCCGUGUGUCAGUGCCGUACGGUGCGGGUGCCUCCGCGAUGGGGCUCAAGGCACUGGCAGUGUGGGGGCUGCCUUCUCGCUGCUGCCCUCCAGAGGAGGCGGAGAGGGUGAGAAUAGCACAUGAGAAUGCUAGCCUGAGACCAGCGCCACAGCUUGGCCACUUGGCAUCAGCGCAGCCUUCACCUGUCAUUCAACCACAGCCACUGUCACAGACGACAACAGCAACUAGCCUCCUGCAGGUCCCUGAGGAUUUCCUGGACCCCCUGACCCAGGAAGUGAUGUUGCUCCCUAUGCUGCUGCCCAGCGGAGUGUCUGUGGACAGCUCCACUCUGGAGGAGUACCAGAGGAGGGAGGCUACCUGGGGUCGUGUCCCCAACGACCCCUUCACCGGUGUCCCCUUCAUUCCUGAGGCACAGGCCCUCCCCAACCCCCACCUGAAGAGCCGCAUCGACCGCUUCCUGCUUCAAACAGGGUUAGAGGUCAGGGAGGGGAUGGUGGGGAGGCAGGUCCAGGGGGAGAGUCCGCACACCUCCAGGCUCAUACCCCCACAGAGGACUGGGGACAGUGGGGACCCUGCUGUCACUACUGCUGCUGCUGCUGCUAUAGAGUCAGCCAACCACCAGGGUGCACUUAGCAGAAACAGUGGGACUCUCACACAGACUACCCAAAAACGUGCAGAAAGUGUUAAUACUGAGAGGAGCCACUCUACACAGCACAGGGGAACCGGAGCUUUUAACAACAGGGUGAAGAAUGGGAAUGGGAAAGGACCGGUGUGCUAUUUGGGUAGUAGAAGGAAGAGAGAGCUGGAGGUUUGGGCCACUCUGAUUCGCUCUAAGGGAAAGGGUGAGCCCACCGCGGCCAAAGCAGCCUCUGCUAGUGCUGGUCACGCCAAGGAGCUACUUCCCGACUCGAAAAGACUAAGAACCGACACAAACUCCACUAUCUCCACAGCCACUGUUCCCAGCGGUAGCUCCCAUGAGCAUUGUUCGUCUGCCAGUCUAGACCAUGAGCAGCGUUUGUCUGCCAGUCUAGACCAGGCCCUUCUCUCAGCCCUGCAGGGUCGACCCUCCUUUACCUCCUACACCUCCCAAACCCCCCAGGUCCAACACAAACACACAGACACACCCGCUGACACCCCAACAGCUUUUCCUAUUUCUCUCCUUCCCCCCCUUCUCUCUCCCCUUCCCUUUCUCUCUCUCCCAGGUGAGAACAGGUGUGGUUCGUGUUCCUGCUCUCUGUCCGUCUACUCGACCUCUCCGUCAGCAUACCGCCUGCCCUGUGGUCACUUCCUGUGCCGCCCCUGCCUACACAGGAAGUCCCGCCCACUUGUCACCACAGCAAUGCCCAAUCACAUCCUAUGUCCCACCUGCAAUAUCCCUGCCUCUUCCAGUAACAUCACACGCGUGCAUCACUGAAUGAAAAUAUUUGUGGCAUUAACCACUGAACAACCCUACUCACUGAAAACAUGUGUGUUGUUAACCACCACCGGACUCCCACUCACUGUACAUGCCUGUGCUCUUCUCUGCAAAUGUGAGGGGUGGACAUUGGAGGAAACAGAUUACAAUGGGACUCUUUAUUAUCCCUUGGGCCUUGAUAAACAAAUCCACCUGUCUUGUGCUGCCCCUCUACCCCACUCCCCAACAGAAGUCAUUAAAACGUUUACAGACUAAACUUCUUAAA